AUGGCCUCUCUCAACCUCUUCUCCUUCUUUGCUCUCUUAUUCCUUUCCCAUGGAGCUCUGCAGCUCCAAGCUUCACACCACCAUGUUUACAAUAGGCUCCAAGCUGAAGUUUCUGCUGCUGGAUCUUCUUCCUCCAAAGGCCAGCCUUAUAGAACUGGAUACCAUUUCCAGCCUCCCAAGAACUGGAUCAAUGGACCUAUGAUUUACAAGGGAAUCUAUCACCUGUUCUACCAGUACAACCCCAAAGGUGCAGUCUGGGGGAACAUCGUGUGGGCCCACUCGACAUCGACGGAUCUGGUCAACUGGACCCCACGUGGUUACGGGAUCGCCCCAUCCCACCCGUCCGAUAUCAACGGUGCCUGGUCCGGUUCAACCACGUUUCUCAAGGAUGGCACCCCGGCCAUUCUCUACACUGGGAUCAACCCGAAGAACCAACAGGUCCAGAACCUGGCCGUGCCCAAGAACAUGUCCGACCCGUACCUCAGGGACUGGGUCAAGAACCCGAAAAACCCGUUGAUGGCGCCCACCCCGCAGAACGGCAUCAACGCCUCGUCGUUUCGAGACCCGACCACCGCCUGGAUGGGACGCGACAAGAUCUGGCGCGUGAUCAUCGGCAGCAAGGUCGACCGCAAGGGGAUGGCCAUCUUGUACACGAGCAAAGAUUUCGUGAACUGGGUCAGGGCGGGCCACCCUCUGCAUUCCACGGACGGGACCGGCAUGUGGGAGUGCCCCGAUUUUUUCCCCGUUCUCGUGGGCGGGUACAAAAGCGGGCUCGACACGUCCAAGAUCGGCCCCAAAGUGAAGCACGCGCUCAAGGUCAGCCUCGAUGACACGAAACACGACUACUACACGAUCGGAAACUACGACCCCGUCAAGGACGUCUACACCCCCGACCACGACGGACUCGCCGAUAAGGACUUCGGAUUGAGGUAUGAUUACGGGAAGUACUACGCCUCGAAAACGUUCUUCGACUCGAAGAUGAAUCGUCGCAUCCUGUUGGGUUGGGUCAACGAAUCAUCCAGCGUCGCUGAUGACAUCAAGAAAGGAUGGUCUGGCGUACACACAAUUCCAAGGACUAUAUGGUUGCACAAAUCAGGGAAACAGCUAGUCCAAUGGCCGGUUAAGGAAAUAGAGAAGCUUAGAGGGAAGCCUGUAGUGGUGCCAAGUCAGGUGCUGAAGGGCGGAUCCAAGCUUGAAGUGAAGGGAGUUACAGCUGUACAGGCUGACGUGGAGAUGUACUUUGGGAAGUUUGACUUGAGCAAAGCUGAAAAGUUGGACCCAAGUUGGACCGACCCACAGUUGAUUUGUAGCCGGAUGGGUUCGUCGGUUGGAGGGAAAUUGGGUCCAUUUGGGUUGCUGGUUUUGGGGUCAAAGGGGUUGGAAGAGUACACAGCCGUUUUCUACAGGAUUUUCAAAGCUAGUGACGGUAAAUAUGUGGUUCUCAUGUGCAGUGACCAAAGCAAGUCGUCGUUGAAUAAUGCUAAUGAUAAGACUACUUAUGGGACAUUUUUGGACAUAGACCCUACCAAGGAGAUACUCUCCCUCAGAACUUUGAUCGAUCACUCUAUAGUGGAGAGCUUCGGUGGAUUUGGGAAGAGUUGCAUCACAUCGAGAGUAUACCCAACACUAGCCAUAGAUGGGGCAGCACAUUUGUAUGCUUUUAACAAUGGAGCUCAGCAUGUGAGGAUUGCAAGAUUGACUGCUUGGAGCAUGAAGAAAGCCCAGAUUGCUUGA